UUUUUUGGUGUAUAUUAAUAGAACAAUUGGUAAAAAUAUAGAGAGGAAAUGGGUAGAAAUAAUGAACAAUAAAAGAUAAAACAAAGAAAUAAUCAAUUCUCGAAAAUAUGGAAGACAAUACUUUCACCUGAUGAUCAGCAGAAAGCCCCCCAUAUAUUAACCAACUGUUUUGAUACUUUUGGAAGAAAAUAAAACAAAAGAGGAUUUUUUGAUAGGAUAUUUCUAUUGCAAUUAUUUUUCUUUUUCCCUUCCAAAACAAAAUCAGCAAAAGUCUUUCACGCAGAACAACAAUUUCAGUUUUGUGUUUGUUUUUUCUUUUGGGUUUUCCUUCCCUUUUCUUUUUUGUCUUUCAAACAAAAACGGCUUUGAAACACGCAAAACUCCAAAUUUUCUUUUGAUUGGUAUUCACAACAUCAAUCAUAAUCUUAAAAAGUUCUUUCCUUCUUGUUAAUAACUAAAAAAUAUUACCCAAAUCUACGAGGUAUGGCUAAUUUUUUACGUCGAUUGAUCACUAAAUCGAGGUCCAAUUCCCCACAAAAAGGCCAACAGCAACACCAAAAACAACAACAGCAACAAUUUCCUAAUUUAGAAUGUGAAGAAGAUGAAUGUUGUUAUUUAGCUGGACCUUCAACAGUAAUGCCUAAUCAUGUACCAAUUCAACAACCUUCGAUUGAUAAAAAUAGAAGGCAACCUAGGAGUGAUCUUUGGGCAAUGAAUACACCAAAACAACCCCAAAUACCCAAUCAUGUUAAUAAAUCUUUGCAACUUUCACCUGACUCCAAAAGGCGAUCUCCAACUUGUUAUUCUCCUUCCAAGGCACAUUCACCGAGUAGUCUUUCAAGACGAAAAUGCUCUACUGGAGAAGAUCCAGGCACUUCUUCACAAGAGUUACUAAGUCCAUCACUUUGGCCAAGUUCUCCAUCAUCAACUCCUUGGUUGCGCAAUUAUUCAAAUGCAGAGAGUGCAACAGACAGUUCUCAACGUCCAAUUUCCUCACAAUUACCACCAUUCAGAAUAGGAGGAGAAUGUGGGACUAUUGAGAAGAUUGAAAGGGAAAAGGAGGAGGCAACUGCACAACAAAGAAAUAGAUCAACUAGUCCAAGAAAAGUUUUUGGACAAAAAACUGCCGAAAUAGUUUCUGGUAGCAGAUCUAGAUCACCAGCUAAAAAGCAACAACAACAAUGGGCAAAAACAUUAGAUUAUUUACAACCACAAUGUCGAUUAGAAGGAUGUUCUGCUGCUAUUUUAGUUGAAGAUGUUCGUUUUCUUGUUUGUAAACAUCAACUUAGCCAUUCCAGUGAUUUUUUUCGUGCCCUUUUCUUGAAAAGUCAUGCUUUGCCAAUGGAAGGAGUAAGGCAUUUAAGGGAAGAUGAAUAUCUUAUUCAAGUUUCUUCACUUCGGCAUCCUCCUCAGGCAUUACAAUUUCAAUGGUUUUUGGAAACUACUGUACCCUCUCCAAUGCUAAGGGACAUUUCUGGUUGA